AGAUAUUUUAUUAUGAAGCAUUCAUUUACCUAAAAUGUAAAUACUAUGACAACAUCUGCAGUGGCAGUGGAGUAUACUGAUAUAAGAAUCGUGAGAUCUGUGUAAGUGGCUAACGAAGGAAAAGCCCAUGCAAAUCAUUUCAAAAUAAAUGGAAUGACCUGUAUUUAUUAGUUUCAAUAUUGAUUUUCUGUAUUUUAUCUCAGAUAAAGAGGGAAAAGAAGGUACUACUACGACAGGAACAACUGAAGAAGAAGAAGAAGAACAGAAACAGGAGGACGAAUGGAAACCAUAUAUUCCAGAAAUUCCUAGUCAAGCAUUGUUUGGUAUUUAUACAUCACCUGACACAUUUUGGUUAUCUAUGGAUGAUUAUGAUGCCGGUUAUUUGUAUCAUUGUCAAUUUUCUAAUAAAGAUGAUCGUUUUCAAUAUUCUGAAGAAAGACAAGAUACAGUUAUUUCAUCAUUACCUGUACCAAAUACAGAUCUGGCUCACGGCGAAGAUAUUCCACUUACUUGUAUCUUAGUAAAAGAAGACACAAAAAUGGUUUUUGUUGGAUUAAAAAAUGGUUUUAUUCGUGUUUAUCCAUACGUUGAAAAACAGAUAUUUGGUUCAUUGGAUACCUAUUGGACAAUGGGUUCACACGAUUCGGAAUAUGGUUCGGUGACACAUUUAUCAAUGAGUUUUGAUAAUCGAUUUGCUCUGUCAGGUGGUAUUGAUGGAAAUAUUUUUGGUUAUGUUGUCAAGGGUGAUUUAGACAUAUUUCAACAGCGAAUUCCAUCAGCAUUAGCACCAAUUAGGAUGCCUUCACAAACGACUGAAAGUGAACCACAAGAUAUUGUUGAUCCUCAACAUUAUAGUAUUGAAGAAGAUAAACAGAAAGCAGAAAAAGAUAAAAUGAUGUAUAAUGCUGAAUCAUUGAAAAAAGAAAUGAGAAAUCAUAUUGAAGCAUUAAGAACAAAAUUUCGAAAUUUAUUAAUGGAAAAUGAACAAUUACCAGGCGAUUUAAAAAUGGCUAGAAAAGAAUUUAUACUUGAUGAAAAAAUUCGUAACAAUUUACAAAUAGAAUUACAAGAGAAAAUUGAUCAAUCAACUAAAGAACUCGCAUGGGAAUCUGAACGAUGUAAUAUAGCAUCAAAAAAAUUAGAACAAUGGUUUCUUGAACCUGUAGCACAAGAUACGAUUACAGUCAAAAGUUUUGAUAAUCAAUGGGAAGUAUCAACAUUUCGUACAGUAGCUCUGCCAACUGAUUUUGAUAACUUACGAGAAGAAAUUGAUCGUCAAAAAAUGGCAUUAUUGGAAAAAAUGAAAAGCAAAGAUAUUAUUGAAACAGUUGAUGGAAGAGGUGUAGAACAGAAAACGACACAAAUGGCCGAGACAAAAGCAACUUCAUCAAAAUUAAAAGGUGCCAAAGCAUUAAGAGUUGAACGAUUAUUAAGAAAAGUUGAAGAACGUUCAAAACGACGACAAAUACGAAAAGAUGAAUGGACAGCAUUGAAUAAUAAAAAAGUGCCAGUAGGUUAUGAUGAUCCAACAGAAGUUGAAAACAUUCGUCUGGCACGUGUAAAAAUGGGAAAUUAUUUUCUUAAAACAGCAUUAGAUUAUGUUGUACCACCUGAUCAACGUUUAACAGUAUUGAAAUCAUUAGAUCGAAUUAUGAAAUUAAAAUUAGCAACUUAUACCUAUCAAAUGAAAUUUAAUUAUCGCGUUACUGAAUUACAACAACGAAAACGAAGUAUUAUUACAUUUGCCAAUGAUGAAUUUCAACGUAUUCAACAACUUGGACAAAAUGCACAAACUCAUGCGUCAGCAUUUAUCAUUAAAAGAUUACCACUAUCAGAUGAUGGAUCACAGUCACGUUUUGAAUUUACCAAAGAAGAAAUACAAGCAUUUCGGGAAGACUAUGAACAACAUGGUCCUCAAUUGAGUCGUCCAGAUGAUGAUGGAACAACAGGUCAUCGAGCAUCGACAAUUCGUCGUACCAUUGAUAAUCGUUGGUCUGUAUUAGAAAUUCCCACUGAAAUCAAAACAUCGGCAUAUGAUAAUAUGGACAAACAAGCAACUGUUGAUGAUCUGAAAAAAAUUAAAAAUGUAGUCAAUUCUACGCCACCAUCCACAAAUGAUACGAGUAAUGGAACAUCGAAUAAUCCAUUUGUACACAGAUUAUUUUUUGAACGAGAUAAAAUAUUAGAACAUGUUCAAGAAAUAAUGCAUUCAUUUGACAAUGAUGUUUGUUUACUAUAUUAUCUAAAAAUGAUAAAAACACUUAGAGUUAAAGAAAAUGAACUACGACAUAUAACAAUGUAUGAAGAACUUAUGUUAAUGAAAGAAUUUGAACGAACAGAAAAUGAUUUAGAAAAUAAAGUUUCAGAAGCACAACAACGUUUUAGUGCCGAACAAAUAAAAAUAAAUGAAUUUCAACAAAAAAUUGAUUUGAAGAAGAAAGAUAUUGAUCAAUUAGAUGAUCGUAUGAAACAUCUUUAUGCAAAAUUUGAUGAUAUGAUACCGAAAGAACAUAAAUUUUAUAAUUAUUUAUUACGUGUACUCAAUAAAAAAAUAAAACGAAAGAAAAAAGUUGAAGGUGAAGAUGCUGAUGACAAUCAAGAUACAGAUAGUCAAGAUUUUGAUGAAGAUGAAGAAGAUUGGGAAUUAGAUGAUGAGGAUGGUGAUGAUGCAUUAAAUCAAGAUGAUCCAACACGACAACUUGAUGUUGAUAUUUGUCCGCCGAAUUUAGAUCAAAAAGUGUACGAUGAUAUCAUUGCAUUAAGAGAAAAACGACUUGAUAUAGAUGAAGCAACCACUGAAGAGAAGACCGUAUUACAGACAUUACAACAAGGUCUAGGACAAACACAAUCGUAUUCGAGUAAAGUUGAAAUAGAAUUGAAGGGCAAACAGUCUGAUUUAACUGAUUUUCAGAAAAAGAAACAGCGUAAAAUUAACGAUAUCAAUGUUGCCUUUGGAUUACGUACACAUCAAAUACGAUACGAUCGUUCAUCACGUUUGCCUGAUGAUAUAGCACAAGCACUCAUAUUCAACACAAAUGAGAAAAUUGCUUUACAAAAUAGAAUUGUAGAUGUUAAAACUGAAAUAAAAAAAGAAAAAGAGAGACACGAAAAUAAAGUUCAAACAAAAAAAGAUUUAUCACAUGAAUUAAAACAUUUAGUUGAAGUUAUUAAACGUUUAACUGAUGAAUGUAAUAAAUUGAUGAUAGAAAAAUUUGGUAAAUUAGUUAAUUUAGAAAAAUUAGAAGGUGCCAUUGUCAAUUUACAAAUAGAAGAAUUAAAACAACGUUUAGAUGAUGCGGGUGAUGAAUAUUAUAAUUCAAUGCAACAAUUUGAAUUGAAAAAAAUGGAAGAGAAAGAUGAUACGAUUGAUUUAUUAAAAACAAAUACACAACGUUUACAUGAAUUGGCCACUCUUGUAGAUGAUAAACGACGUAUAGAUGAUCAGUUAAUGGCAAGAAAAAUGGGAGUGGCUGAAGAGUAUGCUGGUCCAACAAAACGAAAUGUCGAAGAAUUUGAUCGCUUAUGUACACUAGUUCAAUUACAAGCUCAAGAAAUUGAAGCAUUAAAAGCCGAAAUAUCAAUAUUAUCCCGAAAGGGUGGUCAUAUUUUACCUCCAAAUCCUGCUCUUUUGCCUCAAAAUGUUUAG